CCUCCAAAGAAAGAAAUAUAAUUAGGGCAGGGAGAAUACAAUGAAAGCAGUUUCUCCUUUGCGGAGAGAGAGAGAUAAACAAAGAGUCAGAAAAAUAUCAAAUUAAAUUUCAAUAAAGGAGAGAAAAAUAAUUAAAUCAUGGAGAGAAAACAAGAAGCUUUAUAGAUUCAAUCAAGGAGAGUUGGUUGGCUUCUGAUUUAUAUAUACAAACUCAUCUAUAUAUACAAAUCAAUUUUACACCACCGCUUUCCGAUCUCUCCGAUAUGCGACGCAACAACAGAUCCAAGCCGGCGACGGAGACGCCGAUCGCCGCGGCUGCCGCCGGUAACGAGCCGAGAUAUCGCGGCGUUCGCCGGCGUCCGUGGGGCCGAUUCGCUGCCGAGAUUCGCGAUCCGUGGAAGAAAACUCGUGUCUGGCUCGGUACGUUUGACUCGGCUGAGGACGCGGCUCGCGCCUACGACGCCGCCGCGAGAUCUCUCCGUGGACCGAAGGCGAAAACAAAUUUUCCGAUUUUUUCGGAAAAUCAAGCUGGCGGCGAUCGGAGUAAUCUUGGCCAGCCGAUUUAUGUGUUCCGGCCGACGAGUAGUAGCAUGAGCAGCACGGUGGAGUCGUCGUGUGGUCCGAGAGCGGCGUCGUCGAGCACAGCGCCGGCGAGGGUGAAGAACGUGUUCAAGCCGAGGAUUCAGGUGGAGGAUUUUCACAGCGAUUGCGAUUCGUCCUCUUCCGUGGUGGAUGACCGUGACACGACGUCGUUUCACAAGCCGUUCUCUUUUGAUCUCAAUUUACCUCCGCCGUUGGAUGAUGAUAUGGAUAUCGAAAAUCCCGAUGAUUUACAAGCUACUGCUCUGUGUCUCUGAUUAAAGAGCAGUAUGGGCUAAUGAAGCAUGGGGGUCAUAUUGGAAUUGGUUGUAACAGAUGUUUAAUGGUGCUUUGUAUCAAUGUGAUGAUUUGCGGGUACAUACUAUUGAUUAGUAGUAAACGAUGAUGGAAAGUGUAUCAAAUUGCCUGGAUGUUGAGAAUUGGCAUAAGUGGAAAAUGUGUAUCAAAUUGCUCAGGCCCUUGAGAUUUGGCUUUGGUUUAUUAUGAGAAACAGCUAUUGGCUAUUGCAUAUGUGAUUGUGGAGUAA